AUGCAUUUGAACUGUACUGAUUUAAAAGCCGAUGAUCGUGUCACUCGCCAAAAACUUCGAUGUAUUAAAAUAGUUUGUAACCGUAGCUCCUCAAUCGUAGAUCAGUUUAGCGAAGUUAAGGGUAUCCUAGAGACAUUUAAAAUAAAUAUUGAUAAAAAGGUUGAUUCUUUCGAUGAAAAACUUAAAGGCAUACAGAAUAAUAUCGAGUCAUUUAAUAAUCAGCUAUCAGAAUUUAAGGACCAAGUUAAAAAUUCUGAAUCUGUUCGUUCUCCUGAAUUUAUUGGAACUGUUACUGCAGAAGCAGUUGCUAGAAUGCGCCGUGCCAAGAAUAUUCUAAUUCGCGGGGUCGCAGAAGCCCAAGGAGACAGCGCUGUGAAGAAAGAACAACUCCAUUUGAUACUGACCUCGGUCGGUUCAACAGCCGAAAUGGUUUCUUUUUAUAGAAUCGGAAAACCAAAUUCUAACAAUAAAUACCCUCGAAUGAUUAAAGUCACUUUCCAAUGCGAAUCUGAUGAAUUCUACUUACAAGAACAUCAAAAACCGUCUUCAUCCGCCACAAAAGCACGUGCUCCUUACGUAUAUAACCGCCUCUCCGCGCGCACGAAACUUCACCCACCCGACCAAAAAUCGCGUCGCGUGGAUACUGGAUGCUGCGAUCCGAAGACACCGUCCAUCCGAAGCGUGGUCGUGGCCGAUAGCGCGCAUGUGGAAGCUCCUCCGACUUCUUUGCCAAAUUCGCCGCCUCCUCCUUGA